GAUUUCUGAUACUACACUCCUCCAGUCCGAUGGGUGGCGGUCAUAUAUUUUAAUAAUUUAUUUCACCACAGAAACAGAAGAGAAGCGGAAGUUAUUCUCCGAGCUGAUGGCGCGAAAUGACUGGAAUACGGCUUCACACGAAUUUUCAAAAUAAAAUACUGACAGAUUAGCAAUUUAAUUAUCCUGCUGUCUUAUAUUUCUAUGUGUUUCUGCAAUGAAAUGAUAAAAACUAAGUUUAAAUGAGAUCAAAAUCUUUUAGAAAUUAGUUUUAAUCCUCGUAAUCAAGAUUCUGCUCGGUCUUGCGAUUAUAUACCAGCAUGUCAGAAGGCAACAAGGAGGCAUACAUUGUGAAAUUUGUUGAAUGCAAUGGACAAAAGAGUGAUCUGGCUCUCCAGGCCUAUAAGGCAAUAGUGGAACUGCAGUCAGAGAAGUAUGUGCAGACGUUGGAUGAGGAAGCCGCUCUAGAGCUGGACCACAAUGACAAGUCCCUGUUUGUUUUCAGUGACUUCACCAGCAGUGCCUUUGACCGCUGCAGGGGGCUGGGAUGCAGGAUCGUGGGUCCUCUGGUAGUGCUGUUUUGUCUGCAGAAGCAGAGAUGUGUGCCCAAAGCAGAGCAGCCCGUGUACAACAUGGCCAUGGCUGAUGUCACUAUCUCCUGCACCAACCUUGACAAAGAGGCACGGAGUGAAGUAAUGGAUCUUGUCCAGCUGAUGGGUGGACGGGUCUACCGUGAUCUCAAUGUGUCUGUCACUCACCUGGUGGCAGGUGAAGUGGGGAGUAAGAAAUACCUGGUGGCCGCAAGCCUUGGGAAGCCCAUUCUUUUGCCCAGCUGGGUGAAAGCAUGCUGGGAAAAGUCUCAGGAUAGUGUUUUCCAUCACUCUGAACUGAAAACGGAGGAUUAUCGGUGUCCAGUCCUGAAAGGCUGUACGGUGUGUGUGACGGGACUCUCUACUGUGGAGCGUAAAGAGGUUCAGAGGUUGUGUGACCAGAAUGGAGGCAAUUACACAGGGCAGCUCAAGAUGAAUGAGUGUACUCACCUUAUUGCCAGUGAACCCACAGGUCAGAAAUAUGAGUUUGCCCGUAAAUGGAACGUAUACUGUGUGUCCCUGCACUGGCUGUUUGACAGCAUCGAGAAGGGCUUUUGUCAGGAUGAGAGCAGGUAUGCCGUGGAGCGUGGAAAGAAGGCGGCGGAGGAGAAGCCAGGCAGACCCAACACCUCCACUCCUACAGGAUCCAACAGGAGCAAAGAGGAAGGUCCCUCACUUCUGGGAUUGAGCCAUAUUUCUAAUAUCAGUAUGAAUGUCAAUGAAACAGCCCUCACCACAGCAGGAAUCAGCCACAUAGAGACUCCUGAUCCAGUUGACUCAUUUGAUGUCACUGUUUGUCGAGUUGAUGACCUGUUAGAUGGCUGUAAGUUAUAUCUAUGUGGCGUAUCAGGAAAGAAACUGGAGAAACUGCGGCGGAUGGUGAACUCUGCCGGAGGGUUGCACUACAACCAGCCCAGCCAAGAGCUGACCCAUAUAGUGAUGGGUGAACCAGACCAGGGGCUCAAAGUCUUCCUUGACAAAGCCACUCACAGACCCCAUAUAGUGACCGUGCAGUGGUUGCUGGAGAGUUUCUCCCGUGGCUCCUUGCUCCCAGAGGAUGGUUACCUUCACCCCUCAUUUCUGCCCCCUGCCCCAGCUGCUGUUGAUAUGCCUGCUCCUCACAAAGCUGCCCCCCGCGCCUCCAGACCCUCUAUAGCUCCCCCUCCUGCCCUUAGUCCAGGUCGACAAGCCAGAGCAGAGGAAGACCUGCUAUCACAGUACAUGGAGAAUGACCAGACUGUGGUUGAGCUGCCUCAGGCCACUGAUAGUACCAGCACCAGGCAGAGCGAGAGCGUUUUGCUUCCAGAGCCUCCACCUGCAGUGAAAGACUCCACCUUGGUUGAAACCUCAGUGGGUGGCCUUUUUGCAGGGAAGCGUUUUAUCUUGUUUGGUUUUGGAGCUGAGGCUGAAGCGCAGCUCUCAGAACUAGUCAUGGAAAACGCUGGGAAGAUCUUGGUCGGCCGCUCCAGAGCUGUGGCGAAUUAUGCCAUCGUGCCGCUGCUGGGCUGUGAUGUGGAGGCCACAGUAGAUGAGGUUGCGACAGAUACCUGGCUGGCCAUGUGUGUGGAGCAGCAGUGUGUUUUGCCACUACCCUCUCAUCCACUGUUCACUCCAGUAGCAGUGAGAGAAGGCUUCUAUCCUCUCAAAGACUGCGUGCUGUCCGUCAGUCAGUUCACUGGAUCUGAGCGAGAGUCUCUCAUUCAGCUUGCUGAACACCUGGGAGCGAGUGUUCAGGAUUACUUUGUGCGGACUGCUAAUCAGAGAAAAGGAAUGCUGGCCAGCACUCAUUUGGUACUCCAGACUCCUGAGGGCACAAAGUACCAGGCGGCUCAGAAAUGGGGUCUGCCUGCAGUCACAAUCCGCUGGGUUUUAGAAUCUGCCAGAACAGGGAAGCGUGCUGAUGAGGCACGAUUCCUGGUUGACCUGCCUCCCUCUCCAGAGAGAACCGAGGACAGUUUUGUCGGAGCAUCUCAGAAAUACCCGCCACCACUGCACCUCCUUCAGCGCUCUCCAGAGUUACCACUUCUGGGCCCACAAAAUAGUGCUGCCAUCACCCCUCUGGACACGGCUCGCUUUCAGAGUCGCACUGUCCGCUCAGCAGUCAGGAAGCUGAGACAGGGAGAGGAGGAGCAGGCCAAUGUAGCAACCCCGGGACAGGAUGAGGCCAAAGGAACCCUGCAGAAAGACUCUUCCCUCCAACUAGACACUCCCUCUCGGUUCCUGAGCAGAGACAAACUCUUCGGACCCUCAUUUAACACAAAGGAUGUUUUUGACCAUUUGCAGACUCCUGGUAAUAAGCCUCAGCAAGGUCAGGGGGCUGAGACUCCUCUGUCGGAGGUCAUUGAGAGGAACCUUAAAGCUGCAGUUGCCAACAGCAACCGCAGUCAUGUCACGAGUCUCGCAGCCAUGACUGCCAGUCCAAAACUGGGAAAAGAGCCUGAAGCUGAGGUGAAGCAGAAGGCUGCAGCUCCUCUUAGUGGGGUGGUGGUGUGUAUAAGCAAGAAAUUAAGCAAGAAACAGAGUGAACUCAAUGCAGUGGCCGCCUCUCUAGGUGCAGACUUCAGAUGGUCGUGUGAUGACUCUGUCACUCACUACAUCUACCAGGGUAAAGUAGGAGACAACAGUAAGGAAUACAAAGCUGUCAAAGAGAGAGGACUACAUAUAGUGUCACAACACUGGCUACAGGCUUGUGCAGAUGAGCAGAAGCAUGUGUCCGAGUCACUCUACCCUUUUACAUUCAACCCCAAAAUGAGCCUCACCAUGAGUCAGGUGGCAGAUAUCACUCCGAGGUCACCUCCUUCCACCCCCCGCACCAGACUCAGGCCGUUUACAGAGAAUGAGGAGACCAGGCUUAGUCCUGUUGACAGCAUCGCAGACAUCUCAACUCCUCAGAGUGUCAGUGUGGGAGAGCCUGAGAAAGAUCAGACCGUCAGCACUGAAAGAAAUCUCACAGAAACGCUUGAGAUGAGAGAGAGUCUUCAAAGGCAACUUCAGGAGAUCAUGUCUGCUACUAAACUGACCAGCGGUCGUCGAGGCUCCUCGCGGUUGGUCAGAACAGGCUCAGGGGGACUAGAAUCACCCCACACCCCGGACAGCCUGGGGCGAAUGGGAAGACGCAGCCGCACUUUAGAGGCCCUACGAAUGUCACGUCAAGUAGCUGUGGACCUGAACACAGAGCCGUCUCAGAGUGAGCAGAUCGUGUGGGAUGACCCCACUGCACGAGAGGAGCGAGCUAAACUGGCUGAUAACCUGCAGUGGCCUGGCAGCCCCUCCCAGCACUCUGAAACCAUCGUCCCACCGCCCCUCUCUGACAACACAGCCAGGGACUCUAUGACUGACUCUGAGCUUGUGGAAAUGGCUGCAUUUGAAGUCAUCGACGCACAGCUGAAGCCAAAGGUGACCCCACCUCCAGCUGAUAGGCUACAGAGCCCUGAAACACCUGAAGCACUCGCUCUUGCUUUCCCCACCUCUAAACCUGCAGUUCCUUCCCUUUCAGAGACUGAAGAUAAGGAGGAGGAAAAGUAUCCUCCACGAUUCUUGCUGUCUUCAUUGAACCCACAGGAGCGCAUCGACUACAGUCAUCUCAUAGAGGAGCUAGGUGGUGUUGUGCUGGAGAAACAGAGUUUUGAUCCCAGCUGCACUCAUGUGAUUGUUGGUUAUCCUCUGAGGAAUGAGAAGUAUCUGGCCGCUAUGGCAGCAGGCAAGUGGAUUCUUCAUCGCUCGUAUCUGGAGGCCUGUCGUGCAGAAGGACACUUCAUAGAGGAGGAGCAGUACGAGUGGGGCAGCAGCUCUAUCCUGGACGCUCUGUCAUCCAUCAACUCUCAGCAGAAGAGACUGGCACUGGCAGCCAUGCGAUGGAGGAAAACACUACAAGGCAGCUCAAACAAGGAGGGUGCGUUUGGGGGUUGGACUGUGAUGCUCAAUAUUGACCAGGCCAGAGAGGCUGGAUUCAGACGGCUGCUGCAGUCUGGGGGAGCCAAGGUGUUGCCAGACCCUUCUCCUUCACUGUUUAAAGAGGCCACACACCUUUUUGUGGAUUUUAGUCGGUUAAAACCAGGUGAUGUCAGAGUGGACAUCAGUGAGGCUGCAGCUCAGGGGGUCAAAUGUCUAAAACCAGAGUACAUUGCUGAUUACCUAAUGCAGGAGCCUUCUCCUUCAAUGGAUGCUUACUAUCUUCCUGGUGCAGCUACGGAUGAUCUAGAAAAAGUUCAAGAUACAUCUUCACGCAAACGGAAAGCCUCUGGGGAAAAGUCCACAUUGAAGAAGAGUCGUGUGAGAUAAAACAUCCAAUUUCAGAUGCUAAUGUAAUAUGUAUUUAAGUGAUUUUAUUCAAUUAUUACAUUGUUGAUCAAAUAUGUCUGUCUUGUCAAUAAAAAAUCAAUUCAAAAAGUGAAA